GUCCAUUUAGCGCCGACUAGCCGUCCGCCUGCAAACGUGUGGAACAACCGUGCAGGAUGGCAAAGCAAACUUGGCUCGUCUUGUUAACGUGUGCAUCUGUGGCAAACUGUGCAAAGCUGUUGACCGUGGCCCUGAUGGGUGGAAGUCAUACUUUUAUGAUGGAUGAAAUCUCAAACAUCUUGGCAAGUGGGGGCCAUAAUGUGUUCAACUUCCACCAGAUGGUCUAUCUUUUAGAUGGACCAAAGACCACACGAGGUAAUUAUACAUAUAUCCCUUGGACCAUUGGAGGAAAUUACCCAGAAAUGCACAGAAAAGUAAAGCAAGCAUUUGCGCAGAAUGCUCUUCGAGGAGAAUAUUCUAUUCAUUGGUUCCUCACUAUCCUGAAUUUGCAUGCUUACGAGUGUGACGAGCUGUUAUCAGAUUCUGAAGUACUGACCAGACUAAGGAAUGAAAACUUUGAUCUGCUGGUGAUCGAGGCCUUUCAUUUCUGCACCUUGCUGUUGGCUGAGAAGCUCAAGGUGCCUUUUGUUGCCGUCUAUGGCACCUCAUCCUACAAUGCGCGCUAUAUUCACAUGCCGUCAAACCCCAGUUACGUGCCUGCCUUUAUGUCUCAUUUGUCGGAUUCCAUGACCUUCCUCGGACGCCUCCAGAAUGCCUGGGUGCUACUGCGGAACUAUUUUGAAGGUCAGAUGUGCUUUAAUUCCUUCAACAAUGUUAUCAGAAAGCAUUUCUCAGGCGAAGACAUAAAUCUGGAGGACCUGCAUCAUAAAGCGGAGCUCUGGAUCUAUAACACGGGCUUCUCUUUGGAAUACCCUCGACCGUUGCUGCCCAAUGUGGUCUUUGUUGGUAGUUACCUUUCUAAACCUGCUGAGCCAUUGCCUCAGGAAAUGGAAGACUAUCUAACAGGCGACCAGGGCUUUAUUAUAGUUGCGUUGGGGACCAUGGUGGAGUCAAUUGCAGAUCGGCACCUGAUUGAGAAGAUGACCAGAGCUUUCUCUCGGUUUCCACAGAAGUUCAUAUGGCGAUUCAACAACAACUCCUGGCCUUCUGACAUCAGCCUGCCAGAUAAUGUGAAAAUAUACAAGUGGCUUCCGCAGAAUGACUUGCUGGGACACCCACAGGUUCGAGCAUUCAUUUCGCAUGGUGGGAUAAACAGUUUGCACCAGGCUGUGUACCAUGGGGUCCCAGUGCUGGGGCUGGCACUCUUUUAUGACCAGCUGGAUAACAUCAUCCGCCUGGAGAGCAAAGGAAUGGCCCUUCGUGUGUCUGUGAGAGAGCUGGAAGAAGAGACUUUAGUCACAAAGCUGACACAACUAUUAACAAUUCCCAGCUUCAAACAGAGUGCCCUCAGGACGAGUAAGCAGCUAAGAUUCCAGCCAUUCACUGCGGCAGAACUCACCAACAGGUGGAUUGAAUCCAUUCUGAAAGUCGGAAGCGGGGAACACUUAAAGCCUCAUUCUUACCAAAUGCCUACCUAUCAGCUGUACUUACUGGACAUCUGUGGCUUUGCAUUGGCGGCUGCAGUGUUGAUCAUAUUCUGUGCCUACAAAGUCCUCAGGAGCCUGAUACACCAAGCCAUGGCAAGAUUUCAUCCCACCAAAGCUGGAGAGAAGCAGAAAACCACAUAGGGGAGAUGUAUCAUCAAAGCUUCUGGGGGCGCUGGUUUGCAUUUCUGCAUUGUGGCAGUGAGCUACUUUGCUUCCCACAGCUAGAAUGUUUCACAAGGUCUGGAAGGAGAGGUUUUUAUUCUAACACAUAGAUGCCUAGAAAUUGCUUCCUGGAUAGUGACAAUGCUUUGUACUUUGCCUCUGAAAUUAAUGUUUAGGCAAAGGUAACUAACACAAAAGGAAAAUUUGCACCUUUCACAACUCUCACCAUGCAUUGCACAACCAAUGACAUAAUGUAUGGUCACUGUUGUAUUGUGGAAAACACUGCAACCAGUUUGUACACAGGAAGCUCCAACAGUGUGCAAAUUAGCAGAUUGUACGUUUAGAACAUAGUAUAAUACAGCACAGGAACAGGACCUUUGGCCCACCAUGUCUGCGCCGAGCUAAUUAUGCCAAUGACAACCUAAUCCCUUCUAUCUACACAAUGUCCAUAUCCCUCCAUUCUCUGCACAGUCAUGUGCCCAUCCAAAAGCCUCCUAAAUGUCUCUAUCGUAUCUUCCUCCACCACCACCCCUGGCAGCGCAUUCCAGUAUGUCCAGGAAAGCUUUCUAAAGCAAUAUGUAGAUGGCCCUGCUAGAGGUUAUAUUUAGAGGCUACACUUGACCUCCUCUUAGGAAAUGUGGAUGAGCAAGUAGUUGAUGUGUCAGUGAGGGUGGGGGGGGGGGAACUUUGGGACCAGUGAUCAUAAUUCUCUCUCUCUAUGUCUGUCUCUCUGCCUCUCUCUCUAUCUCUCUCUCUCUCUAUGUCUGUCUCUCUCUUUCUGUCUGUCUCUCUCUCCCUCACUAUGUCUGUCUGUCUUGCUCUCUCUCUCUCUCUCUCCCUCACUGUCUGUCUGUCUGUCUCUCUCCCUCUCUAUGUCUGUCUCUCCCUAUGUCUGUCUGUCUGUCUCUCUCUCCUUCUCUAUGUCUGUCUCUCCCUAUGUCUGUCUGCCUGUCAGUCUGCCUGUCUGUCUGUCUGCCUCUCCCUAUAUCUGUCUGUCAGUCUCUCUCUCUCUCCCUCUCUAUGUCUGUCUCUCCCUAUGUCUGUCUGUCUGUCUUUUCUCCCUCUCUAUGUCUGUCUGUCUCUCCCUGUCUCUCUCCCUCUCUAUGUCUGUCUGUCUGUCUCUCAUAUAUACUGGAGAUUAGCCUGUAAGUUAAAUAUAAACAAAUAUAUCACAGAUUCAUAGUAGUGUAUAGGACAAGAGCCUUUUGGCCUAUUGUGAAUGUGUUGUCAUGAGUUGCAGACCUCUACCACUGAGUGC